CUCAGCAGAGCGCAGACCAGCCGAGGAGACUUUCACUCCACCUUCACCAAGAAACUCAACCGCGAGCGAAGCCCGGACACUUCUGAAUAAACUUCCACCAUGAAGCUGCGCUACCAGUUGCUGAGCGUGCUGUUGGUCUUCUGCAGUCUGCGUGUGGACUUGCUAACAGAGGCUUGUUCCUGCGCGCUGUCUCACCCUCAGGACGCCUACUGCAGCUCCGACAUCGUGAUCCGAGCCAAAGUGGUGGGAAAGAAACUACUAAAGGAUGGACCUUUUGGCACCAUGCGCUACACAGUCAAACAGAUGAAGAUGUACAAAGGAUUCAACAAAAUGCACCAUGUCCAGCACAUCUACACAGAUGCUUCGGAGAGUUUGUGUGGAGUCAAGUUUGACCUUAACAAAUACCAGUACCUGAUCACAGGUCGUGUCUAUGAUGGAAAGGUCUACACAGGGCUGUGUAACUUCAAUGAAAGGUGGGAGCGUCUGUCUCUCGCCCAGAAGAAAGGGAUUAACCAUCGCUACCAGCUGGGCUGCAACUGCAGGAUUAAGCCUUGCCACUCCCUGCCCUGCUUUGUGACCUCAAAGAACGAGUGCCUGUGGACGGACAUGCUGUCCCACUUCGGCUACCCUGGUUACCAGUCUCGCCACUAUGCCUGCAUCCAGCAGAAAGAGGGCUACUGUAGCUGGUACCGGGGGAUGACCUCGCGCGACAAAACCAUCAUCAACACCACUGACCCCUGAACACUCCUAGCAUCUUCCGUACCCUCUUUUUCUUAUUAAACCCAGCUUCUUUCUACUACCCCUCAAACCCAUUUCUUUUCAUAAAUUACCCUUUAGUCUGCCUUGUUAUCCAUACGGAGAAAUAGGUCAUCUUGCCAACUACGCCAACUUUAACUGGUGCCUGUGGUAGCACUUUUGAUGUAAACAAUACCCAUGUUCUACUGCGUCCAGUUACGCUGUGGUCACUCUACCAGCUUUCUGCUGUCCACAGAGACACACAUUUAGCAGUUACUGCCCUCAAAUGGACUGAUCAAAGGGAGAGACAAGAGUUAUAUCAGGGGAAAAGUCUUGCCAUUGAAACGUGCCAUUAAUAUUAAUAAUUUACAUACUAUUGAAAGUAUGAUUUUGAUAUUUUGAUAUGUUUUAGAUAUAAGUGCUCACAAGAUGUCAAAACAAAGAAAUCAGACUAAACAAAGUUCAUGACACCUAGGACAUUUAAGUGAAGCCCCUUUGCAAUUUCUUGUGUCCCCCUUAUUCUUUUGAGAAUGCACUAAAGCAACUUUUUAUGCUGCUGGCGCUUUAUCAGCAGAACUGUCGCAUGUAAGAGGUAUAAUACUUCCAGUACUCUGAUAUAAAGCAAUAAGUGUUACAUGUGUGGCACCAACACACAAGCCAUGAAUAAGUUUGGUGCCAACACAUAGCGUCUUGAAACAGCCCACGUAAAGAUUCUCAAUAAUGGCCAAUCAGAGGACAGUGUCAAAUAUGAGGUAGUAAUUUAUUAAAGCAAUACCUUAUGGUCCUCACGCAGAAAGCAGGAAUGUUGAUGUAUUGUUUUAUGGUGAUUUAGCAUUAUAUGAAUAAUUGUAUGUGUGUAUACCUAGGUCCACAGUGUAUACUGUAAAACAGAGGUAUUCAAAUGACAGCUCUCACAGAUCUGGAAAGUAAAGAUAUUUCAACCAGCCUCUACCAGGCUUGAUACAGUCGACAACCAUUUACAUUAACUCUUACUACAAGUAAUUCCAAAAUCCUAGACCAGAUUUGGUUUGGAGAUUUGAAAACCUCUGCUGUAAGAUAUCUAUUUAUAAAUGAUCUCUGCUUGCCUCUUGCUUUGUGCUGUAGAGUUCCGUUUUUGCAAUAUAAUCUCAUGUAUUAAGAAUGUAUGUUUUAAUAGCCACAAAUAAUAACAGAUUAUAUAUAUAUAUAUAUAUAUUUUUUACAAGCAAAAUGAACCUUAUAGCACAAAUUUUGGGGAACACUUAUUUUCUUGAGCAGGGCAAUAGAUGCAAUUUAUUUUGUUUCUCUUGCUGUUUAUGAUAUAAGCUAAGAAACAAUGACCUGACUGAAACCUCUGUUACAUGUUAUGAACACUAACAACACUACAACAAACAUUACAUCUACCGAGUUAGCUUUAGGUAUGAAUCACAGAGAAUGUUCAAUUGGCUUUCUACUUGGACUGCAGGACCAUUUUUAUCUGGACUGAGAAACUGCCCCAUAGUAUUUUAAAAAGGGGUACAUGUCCUGUGCAAAUAUAUCAAACCACAGGCCCCAGAAAUCACAUCAGUGCCAACAGUUGCUGGCUAUUUUCUAAGGAAAGAUGAUGCAAUGUUAAGAACUGUAUUUGUACAAUGAUUAUGAGCAUUACAUUGAUGGUACUUCACUCUCCAAAAAAUUAGCUGGCUGGUACUAACAAACAUUGUAAAGUCACAGUAUAAACAGAGGUUUUAGCCAUGGAUAAAGUAUUUCUGUAAAUGUAAAAGUAUUAAAAUAUUUCAAAUGAACAGAUGCAAAUAAUUUUGAUUUUUAUCACUAAACUCUUUUGUUUUUCUAUUUUUCUUUUUCUCAUAUGGGGAGUAUACGCAUUAUCUUCAGUCCAUUCCUCUCCAAGGGACUAUGGUGUUUUGGGUUGUGAUGACACAAAAAACAGUUCAGUUAUUAGACACCUAUUUCUGAAUCAUAACUUAUCCAUAUGUCUUCAGCUUAUUGCAGUGCACUCUGCCAGGAGAAAAUACACUUAUUACAGUACUGCAAUAAUAAGUGAAUUACUGAAUUAAAGUAACAAUGCCAUCUCAAGUCCCAGAUCACUAUAGUCUCCAUCACUUUAAUGGGGGUCAUGCUAAUGUAAAAUAGUGUCUGCUUAACACACCCUGCAGUCAAUCCUGUCUUGGACGUGUUUGGAGAAAAAGGCUGAGAAUGAUGAGGCGAGUCUUUGUGUACAGUGAGUGUGUGUGUAUGUGUGUAAACAGCGAUUCCUAAGGGUGAACGUUUUCCCGUAGGGGCUUACAGAAAUGUUCUGAUUUUUAAUUUCUGUGUUUUAUAUUUUUAUAAUAAAGAUUUAAUGAAAAUCACAUUUGUGAACAUGUCCUAUUUAACAAAAUGUAUGUUUAUAUUUUACAUAUGAAAUUCCUAUUUGAAUACCUGUCUUAAACUGGACAGGAUGUUUGUAUAUACAUGAUAUCAGAUUAUAAAUAAACAAAUCAUGGUUGUUCUUGUA